AUGGAGUCGGCUUACUGUAUGCACGACCAACUCCCCCCACCCCUCCCUCCCCACACCACGCUCCUUGCUCUCAUGGGUCCCCUCCUGACGCCCACCAGGCAAGCUGGUGUUUUCAAACGUGGAGGCGAUGGAGUCGGCAUCGUGGCGGGACAAGCUGGACCAGCUGUACAAGAGCUCGUCUCAGAACUACCGUGUGGUGGUGCACGGCAGCAAGAUUUCCCCCCGUGGUUUUCUGAGGAGGAGGAGGAGGAGGAGGAGGAGGAGGAGGAGGAGGAGGAGGAGGAGGAGGAGGAGGAGGAGGAGGAUGAUGAGUAG